AUGGCUGGUGAAAGCAAUUUUGUACAGCCAGCCAUUCCCAAGUUCGAUGGGCACUAUGAUCAUUGGAGCAUGCUAAUGGAGAAUUUUCUGCGAUCCAAGGAAUUCAGGGGUUUGGUGGAAGCUGGGAUCCCUGCAGCAGCAGAAGGGGUGGAUUCUACAGAGGUACAGAAGAAGACAAUCGAGGAUCACAAGCUAAAGGAUCUGAAGACAAAGAACUAUCUGUUUCAAGCCAUUGAUCGAUCGAUUUUGGAGACAAUCUUGAAGAAGGAUACAGCAAAGGAUAUUUGGGACUCCUUGAAGCAGAAAUAUCAAGGCACAACCCGAGUCAAACGUGCACAGCUGCAAGCUCUUCGCAAAGAGUUUGAUGUGCUUCACAUGAAGAUGGGAGAAUCGGUGAACGAUUAUUUUGCACGAACUCUCACUAUUGCCAACAAAAUGAGAAUUCACGGAGAACAGAUGGGUGAUGUGGUGGUCAUUGAGAAAAUCUUAAGAUCCAUGAUCCCAAAAUUUGAUUACGUUGUGUGCUCAAUUGAGGAGUCAAAUGAUAUUGACAUUCUAUCCAUCGACGAACUUCAAAGCAGUUUGCUAGUUCAUGAGCAACGGAUGAGUAGACAUACUAUGGAAGAACAAGCAUUGCAAGUCACAAAUGAAGCUCAGCCAGGAGGAUGGAGUGGGGGUCGCGGCUCUUAUUGA